AUGACAGGCAUCCUUUGCGUCUGGGCUGCAAAUUUGCCAGAAUGUUCUGAACAAUGGUACGAAGACGAGUACAUCCCAGAGGUGUUAUCUCGCCAUUCAGACAGGGCCCUACUGGCUGAGAUGGUUGAAACCCCCUUUGACAAAGAACUCGAAGGUGUUGGAACAAGAGAUGCUGUGUUUAAGAGCCUGGUGUUGUAUGAAAUCGCGGAAGUCCCAAAGAUCAUAAACGCGACAUACGAUAAAAGCAACCAUCCUGUAAUGGAUGGGCUACUCAGGGAGACCAGGUUUGAUACCAGACCCUACGAACUGAUCAAGAGCUGGCAAUCCGACGACGAUUGGAAUGGCGAUGCUGCGGACGUUGUUUCGAUACUUUUCUUCGAAUGGCAGCCUCACGCGGGCUUCGAAGAGGAGGUGGUCGGAUACUACGAACGUGAGAUGGGCUAUUUGCUUUGCCAGGCUGUAGAGACGCUACGAGUGCGAUGGUUCCAGAUCAAGAAUGCUACGGUGCUGAAAGGUAAUUUGUAUAAUACCUUAAAGAGCGAGGACUUGCACACCUACAUGUGCUUGGUAGAGAUGAGCUGCGAGGAAUGGCCUUGGAUUGAGUUUUUCGAGAUCAAUGAGCUACCUGGGUGGAAGAAAUACUUCGAAGACCAGAGACGCGUGAGAUGGCAAGUCAGCCAAUAUGUGGUGAAACGCAGCUAUCCUGACGCGGAGGGUGACGAAGAUGACGCAUGA